AAGAGGAGUGCAAGUUCACAAACAAAGCGGCCUUUGAGCAGGCCCUGCGUAUUGUCUCUGCGGACGAAAACCACGAACGGAAAGUGCAUGACGUGGCCGCGCUGCUGUGCUAUGGGGAAGGAAACUCCGCACAUUGUGAUAGUAACUACAAUAGCCGACAACUGGCAGCCAGCGUGCAGGAAAGAAGCGACAAACGAGGCGGUUUUUCAACAUCCAGCUCUUCGUCAACUACGGGCGCAGCCUCUUCUUUCUACCAGCACCUUAAUCCUGACCGUUGCACCAUCAGUACAACAGCAGAUGCCUGCUUUACCUCGACCGUCCAUCCCAUCGCGCUGUACUACGAAGCCCGAUCGAAGCGCGUGCGCUUGUUGCGGCAAGAGGCUGCGCGGCUGGUCCAGCUCGCCCUAGCGUCGGAGCGGAAGGUGCGGCUAGCGGGGACGGAACGCCGGUGGCAGCAGUACCUCGGCUUGGUGCGGCGCACCGCCAAAGGAGGCACGAGUAGGACGACGGGGACACCAAGGCCCCCGUUCAUCGAGGCGCCGUUUGAUGUCGACGGCGGGGGUGUUGAAGCCCCCAUCGAGAGGCCGGUCGAGGACGGGCCUCUCCUUUUGAGUGCCGGACGAAACGACCACGAGGACUUGUACGAGCGCCGUAGGUUCUACCAGACCACCUCCAGCAGUGGGCCGCCGCUACCCACCUUGCCCACGAUCCAAGAAGAAGAGGAGUUCACGGAAGAUUGCAAGCCCGCCCUCGACGAAAUAUGGAUGACGAUGGUGUUCCCGCUGCGGGGAUCGAGCCGCCCCUUUCAGCGGUGGGAGCUGCCGCACUUGAAAGCGAUCGCAUCGGCGUUGCGAGUGAGUUUGGAUUUUGACUGCAGUGAACAUGAGUACGACGUGUGGAAGCAGUUUUACGCCCGCACGCUGCACCCGUUUGUGGUGGACAAGUUGGAUACAACAUACGAGGACCUCCGCGAUUAUGACGGCAGUGCAACUCCUACUGGGAAAAAUGAUGAAGUAGACAAGGAAAAACCAAAGCCGCUCUUUCCAGUGCAGGAGCCGAAGACUCCCUUCUCGCAUCCACUGGGUCUGAGUGCGGCGCUGCUGCGAUACGAAGAGCGGAAGAAUGCGGUGCGCGAGAUGGAGGAAAGUUGCGGCUGCGGGACCUCCGUAGGUGCAACUUCUACCGUGCCCUUUUCUUUCGCAGAUUACGUGAAAAAGUUUGAAAUGGAUAACGCUUUGCGGAGGCACCGAUUUACUGCAGCUUCUUCUUCUGCAAUUUUCCGGGACACGCCGCUGGAAGAAACGGUGAUCGCCCAGGCCGCGCUGCUCAGUCUCCUGUCCCGCGAGUGGGAGCAGCAUCUGCCCCUGGGAGGAGGUGCAGGAGCACGCGCCGUCUCGCCGCGAGACUUUCUUAUCAAAUGCAAAAAUGUCUGGGUCUGGAAACUUGUGAUGCUGGGUGGCGUCUCAUGAUGAGGCCACAAGUGCUGGCUCACCAUGACAAGUUUCUGAGCUUCUGGGUGUUGCCUACUUACUUUGCAUGACGAACUGCGUUUCUGCAUCACAGAAAAGUGGAGCUUUUGGGUAACGUGCAUGACAGAUUUAAGAGUCAUGCCAGACAAGCAUGACAAACAUGCAUUCUUCCAGACGCAGACAUUUUUGCAAUGCAUAUUUCUCCACUGCCUGCAACAGGUGUUUAUCAACUGUAAAAAUGUCUGGCUCUGAAAGAUUGGAAGUUGUGAUGCUGCAUUUGCAUUCCAAAGAAAUCUGUAUUGCAUAAGCAGCAAAGGGAAUGCAAUUUUGGCUACGCGGAGAGGGAAUUUGCCAUGCGGAAUAGGCAUCGCGAAGCCCUCAAAAAGUCUGUGAUGCUAGGGCAUGCAUCACAGACAUCAUGGCCCAUGCAAAACGUGCAUGACAAGUCUCAGAAAUUUCCAAACCCAGACAUUUUUACAUUUGAUAGUGUUUUCGGUAAAGGUGAGCUGGCUAUGGUAGUGCAAAAAACUUCCCUCCGUCGGCUCAUUUGAAGAGCAUCAGAUGAUGAAGCCAAAUGUUGAAAAUCAGUGUUUCCUUUGCAUAGCAAGAUGGUCUCAACACCAUGCCCGGGCGGGCCCAGGCAUCGGUAUGAGAAUGAGACCGGGGGGGCUGUGAGGCUAGUUCGGCAUCGGCUCCUUGCGGAACUUGUCAUUGCAAAAAUGCUGCCAAAAGGGAAACGAAAGGCAGUGGUUGGCGUUCUUUUUUGAGCAUCACAAGAAAUAAUGACUAGAGCACGACGGGGAAGAGAAGUUCAAGUUCUCCAACCUCAUAUUCAGCCGAGGGAGAACAGGACGUGACUGUGCGCCUGCACCCGCCUGGCUUGUUCGAGGCCUUGCACUCUUACAUGGUGGCUUUGUGUUUCACCUGGCUCUUUACGGACGCGUCCCCGGCGGAGCUGAGAGACUUUGAGAACAAAGACGAGCUGCGAGAGUGGCUUCUCGCCAUGUACCUUACUGAGGCAAGCACGCGGUUUACCGGGUCGCGGCAGAAAAUCCUGAAACUGCGAAGGUCGGACGCGCUGAUGUCGAAGCGACGAACGUUUCUCUUCAAGGAACAGCGACGGACACUGCAGGACGUUGUGGACCACUUUCUCUACAACAGCGCCUUCACUUUUUUCGCGGAGACUGUUUUUCCAAAUUCGUUUUAUCGCGAUAAGAAAAUCGACCAGGCUGUUAAAGAGUUGCGUUUGCGUUCUUUUGGGACCCCUCAGUUAGUGAAGAAGCACGGGCAGAAAUUUUGCGACAAGGUAAACCUGUUCGCAGAGACUUGCCGCCAAAAGCCGCAUCUCGUCGCGGCGUACGAGCAGAUGGUCGCGCGGAGCGAAGAACCUUCUUAUAUUCGCAUCAGCACGGAGGAAGUGGCAACAGUCGAUGUUUUGCGGUACGCGAUACCGCACUAUCGGAGAUUUGCGGCAAAAAUGGUCGCCGCGGGUCCGGUAUCAAGUGUAAAAAUGUCUGGGUCUGGAAGAGUCAUGCUGUUUCUGCAUGACACAGAAGGUCUGGCAUGGAAGCUCUGGCAUCACAGGUUUCGAGAAGCUUCCGCAAUGCCGAACCCGCAUGACAAACCCCCCACUUUGGAGCCAGAAAGUGCGCAGCUUUUGCUACCCAUGCAUGAGAGAUUUUUGUGUGUUCCGAAAUGCGCAUCACAUGUUACAUCCUUCCAGACCCAGACACUUUUGCAUUUCAUAUCCGGAGCACCUCCGAAAAUUUUUGUCCUACUACGGGAUGUCCUACAACGAAUCCAGUUUGGCAUCGGUUACGUUGGACAUGACGGUGCAGUUUGGGGAGCAAUGCGAAGAGGAAUCUCGUCCCGAUGAGGAAUCUUCCGAUGUUGAGGAGUCUUCCUGUGAGGAAGCUUCCGACGAAGAAUCUUCAUCCGAUGAGGAAUGUUCCGAUGAGCAAUCCGAAGAGGAAGAUGGAUCUUCCCGCAUUCACGGAGGACUGGACGCCUUGGCUUCCACCGGCGGGAAGAGGCUAUUGACUGAUGGAGAAGACGACGAACGACCUUUGCAAGGAAAAAAUAACCGGAAGAAGAGGCGGCUGGCUUAAAUGACAGUGGCGAUGAUCAUAGAAAGACUCAUACACAUUCUUCAUAAAAACUUCUUGAAAACCCCCAGUGAGAAUAAAGACGAGCACGUUCCUGCUGCAUAAUGUGAGAUAGUACUCAGUUACCGUGGAAUAAUUCUUCUUGUGCAUUUUUUUUGCUUCAUAUUCAUUUUGCAACUCAUGUUGAUAAGGAAAAAAGGCAUAAGGAGAGAAUGAAAU